CUCCUGUACGCACACACUGCCACAGUCAGAAUGUCUGGAGGAGAUAAGUCCAAGUCUCAGACCGAUGGGAAAACCGGUCAAAACAAGAUGUCCGACUUUGGCAUGAUGUCCUACAAGAUGUGUGUCUAUGACCAGGAGAAUUUCCAAGGGCGCUGUUUCGAGAUCAUGAACGAGUGCAUGAAUGUGUGCGACUUUGGGAUGGACAGGGUGCGCUCUCUGAAGGUUUUCUGUGGUCCUUUUGUGGGCUUUGAGCAGAUGAACUUCUGUGGAGAAAUGUACAUUCUGGAGAAGGGAGAGUACCCACGCUGGGACUCCUGGAGUAACUGUCAGAGGAAUGAGUACCUGCUGUCCUUCAGGCCUGUCCGCAUGGACCCAGAGAAGCACAAGAUCUGCUUGUAUGAGGUGGGCGAGUACAAGGGCCGCAAGAUGGAGAUCAUGGACGACGACGUGCCCAGUCUGUUCUCCUACGGCUUCACCGACCGCGUGGGCAGUGUCAUGGUCAGCUGUGGCACCUGGGUGGGGUAUCAGUUCCCUGGUUACCGUGGCAGCCAGUACCUGUUUGAGAAGGGCGAAUACAGACACUUCAAUGAGUUUGGCGCCCGCUGCCCUCAGAUGCAGUCCAUCAGGAGGAUCAGAGACAUGCAGUGGCACCCACAUGGCUGCUACACCAUGGCUGCUAACAACUGA